GCAUUUCACUGCAGGCAGCUAUCGAAUAUGAUGCCGAGACAUUUGAGAAUACUAACCAUUAUUAUUAAAUCAUUGCUAAUAGCAGACUUUUAUGUCCUGUUCAAAGACCGUAUAAAAGAGUCGUCAUUUUUGCUAAGAUCAAAUUGUAGUACGGUUCUGUUGCUCACACAAAAUACGGAUCGCCGCGAACGUCAACAAUGUUGUGUUGUAGCCGCCGCCUGCCUUGUGCCACGUGAGGCUGCAGCUCGCUACCUCCGUGAAAGUGUGUGUGAAGGCGCCAGACUCAUUACCACAUCAGUCAGAAUGUGUAGUGUUGAUCCAGAUGGAGUUGUUGAAAUGACACAAGCUACAGAAACUUUAGACAUCAGCAGAGGGGAUGUGAUGUGCCGCAAGUGUGCCAGUGCCAUGGCUGAAGUUGUGCUGAGAGUGAGAGACGCAUACUGCAGGAACUGUUUCCUGGUGUAUUUCACACACAAAUUUCGAUCAACAAUUGGAAAGUCAAAGCAGAUCCAUCCUGGGGACCGAAUUUUGGUGGGCCUUUCUGGUGGUGCUUCCUCCACUGCACUGCUUCAUCUCAUCAGAGAAGGACUUCAAGAAAACUCACACAAGAAAUUGCGUUUUGAUCCUGUUUUUCUUUAUGUAGAUGAGUGUGUCCUGUGUACAGCAGUGGAUGAAGGCUGUGAGCAUGUGCACAAAGUUAUUGAGCAGGUGACCUCCAUGGGAUUCCCUUGCUACAUAGCAAUGCUGGAGCAGGUCAUGGCAUUGCAGCCCCAAUUGCCAGUCCUCAGGACACAGGAAUGGAAGGAAAUGAAACACACAGUUGAUGAAAAUCUCAGGAAGAAAUUUUGUGAACUUUUUAGUUCUUGUAAAAGUGCUUCAGCUCAACAAGAUUUGCAUGACCAGCUACUUCAAACGGUGCUGAAGCAGUGUGCUUAUUCUUUGGGAUUCAGGAAAAUGUUCUUGGGUGAUAAUUCCACGACACUGUCUGUGCGCAUCCUGUCACAGGUGGCUCUCGGAAGAGGAUCUCAGCUUCCUGCAAGAGUGCAUUUCAAAGCAACUUCUCAAAGUGUAGAGGUGUACCGUCCAAUGAGAGAACUUCUAGAGAAUGAAAUUAUAGAUUACCUGAACCUCCAAAACAUCACAGUACCAAGACCUCCAACUUUUCAGCCCAAUUGCACCAGUAUUGCAUCCUGUACAGAGAAAUUUGUCCGGUGCUUGCAGAAAGAUUUUCCAGCAACUAUCCCAACUAUUUUUCGCACUGGUGAUAAACUGGUAUCAACUACUGAGACUGCAAAAGAACAUGAUUCCAGUCCUGAUUCCCUUACAAAUGAUGACUUUUGCGCACUUUGUGCAUCAAAUUUAGAUACAGAAAAAGGAGAAGCUUCUGCUCUUCAUGCUACUGUUGUAUCCCAGAAAUAUUCAAGCAAGAGGCCUCAGGAAAUCUUACAACAAAAUGCUGUUCCUGUUCAAGAAUGUGGCAAAGAUCCUGGUGGUGGAAUGUGUCAUUGUGCCAGAGGUGGAGGAGGUUGUGGCAAAACAGAAGUGAAUGUGGACCAAAAAUGGGAGAUGGCCAAAACCGUGGAGCAGUGUUUGUGCUAUGGCUGCCGUGUUACUCUAAGAGACCUGGCUGAUACAGGGCUUCUGCCAGCCAAAGUGCAGGCAGCAGUGGCAGAGCAAAAGCAGCGCAAAAUCAUGAGGGAACAAAUUCAAGACUUCUUGCUCUAGAGGUUUACAAAAGAGAUCACUUGGCUUUGAAAGGAUGAUGAAUGACAGUGUGUGACAGAAAGGUAAAAGAGUUAUGUCUCUGGCCAAUUUUUCCAUGCAGAGAUAGGGAAAAUAACUUUAGAACUUCAUAAGAAGAGGUGCUAUAGGGUAUGGGGUGGAGUUGUAGUUUUGGUUAAUAUUGUGUACAAACAGUUUUAUGUUCCAGAAGUUUUAUUGAUAUAUAUAAACAGUUAGAUAGAUGUUAGUAUUAGUUAUAAUAAGUAAUAAAAUAUGAAAAUUGAA